AUGCAGCUAAAAAGAGAGGCGUCUUUUGUUGGACAACAGCCGACUGAAAAGAGUCAAGAGAUCCUGCCUCUGAUCCCGGACGUGGACCAUGUCGAUUUCCAAAUCGACCGAUACUCUCUAAACCGAGACAUCUUUGAACUAGUGUACCGCAGACUCCGAGAGUGUGCGAGAUACAAGGUUGUGCCCAUACCCAAGGGCACUACUGGCAGCCUAGCACAGCAGCUUGCUUGGCGCCCAUCAGCACCGGUCGUUAGUCGAGAUGCCCACUUCAUCUCUGGAGAGGGUAAGAUUAUCUCCCGCACCUUGGUCCGCACGCGGCUAGUCACGGCCGCCCGCGUAUUGUGCUAUCGUGCAGUGCGCCCGGAAUUUGGUGACGAAGAUGGACCAGAAAUCAAUCCUUGGUCCUGCAUCUGGUUCGUGAGAUAUCGCGAAGUUCCUCAGCAGUGGUCUGCUAACAGAAACAACCGUCUCGUAGAUGGCACGUGCGGGCCAUAUGAGCAUACGCCGUUCUCGUCGUCAAUUGAGAAUAGGCAUGACGCGCUGACGGAGUUUUUGAAUAAAUUCAAAACUCCCGUACAUCGG